UAUGUAUAUGUGAUUAAAAUAUAACAGCUGUUUAUUUUUUCGUAUGUAAUUUAUUUAUAGCUAUGGUCUGUUCGAUUUUGAGUACAUGCAUCAGUGUCAAGGCACAUCGGAAAGCUCUAAAAAACAAAAAUUAUUCUUGAUGUCAUGGUGUCCUGAUUCUGCUAAAGUUAAAAAGAAGAUGUUGUAUUCCAGUUCUUUUUUUGCUUUGAAGAAGUCCCUAGUCGGUGUUCAAAAGUACAUUCAAGCUACUGAUCUUUCUGAAGCUUCACGAGAAGCUGUGGAGCAAAAAUUGCGGGCUACUGAUCGUCAAUAAGCAUUUUGAUAAAACUUUAUCUUAUUUGUUUUUUUAUCUUUAUUUAUACAUAAUAGUAUUUUCAAUUUUUCAUAACAAUACAUUGAAGAAUAAAACUACUAGUAAACAUUCUAUUAUCAAAAUAUGAGAUAAA